AUGGCGCUAGAUCUUGAACAUGGUGUCGGCAAAGAUCUGACAAUGGUCGAUACUUCUCCGUUACCUACACAUGGAAGCAAAGCCUCUCAAAAUAUAACUCGCGGCGGCUAUGAAGGAGUUAUUGAAGAUGAAACCUUCAGCACAGAAGACGACACCAGCUCCGCCAUGAGCGUGAGCAAGCAGGUUGAAAUGGAAGCGGACCAUGCUAUAAAGUAUAGGACUUGCAGCUGGCAGAAGACUGCAGCACUGCUCUUUUCAGAGUACAUCUGCUUAGCCAUUAUGUCAUUUCCAUAUUCCUACUCGGUCCUUGGUCUGGUUCCGGGUUUGAUACUUACGGUUGUGGUCGCUGGCAUGGUACUAUAUACUUCUUUGAUCAUUUGGAAAUACUGUCUUCGCCAUCCAGACGUACGGGACAUCUGUGACAUCGGUCAGCGGCUAUUCUGGGGCUCUAGGGCAGCUUGGUACCUCACGGCCAUAAUGUUUCUCCUCAACAAUACCUUCAUCCAAGCCUUGCAUUGCUUAGUAGGUGCUCAGUACUUAAACACGAUGACGAACCACAGCGCCUGUACCGUUCUAUUCGUUGCAGUGACGGCUAUCAUAUCUUUCUUUUGCUCCAUCCCAAGAACUUUCAACACACUCUCCAAACUUGCGACCCUGUCGGCUUUUUUCACAUUUAUUUCAGUGCUCCUCUCGAUGGUAUUUGCCGGUCUUGAGGCCCAUCCGGCCAAGUAUAACCCUGACCCCAGCCAUAAAGGCCCUGAUGGCAAGAUAAUGGGGGGUGAGCCUAUUGUAACGGCUUUUCCUCUUCCUGGAACGACCUUUAUGGCGGGUAUGACAGCUUUCUUGAACAUCAGCUACACCUUCAUUGGCCAAAUCACGCUUCCAAGCUUCAUCGCAGAGAUGCGAAACCCGAAAGAUUUCAGCAAAGCGCUUUGGGCGGUCACUAUUGCUGAGAUAAUUGUGUUCAGUAUCGUGGGUGCGGUGGUUUAUGUCUUCACCGGCACUCAAUACAUGACUGCACCAGCAUUUGGUUCUCUCAGCAACGAAAUUUACAAAAAGAUUGCAUUCUCAUUCAUGGUACCUACACUGAUUUUCCUCGGGGUCCUCUACGCGUCGGUUUCUGCACGGUUUAUCUUUUUCCGCCUAUUUGACAACACCCGUCACAAGACAGAUCACACGCUGGUGGGCUGGUCUGCGUGGGCUGGUAUCUUGGCAGUGGUUUGGAUACUAGCAUUCAUUGUUGCAGAAGUGAUUCCAUUCUUCACCGACCUUCUGUCCAUAAUGAGCUCACUCUUUGACUCUUUCUUUGGGUUUAUUUUUUGGGGAGUGGCCUAUCUACGAAUGCAAUCGGAAGACGAGGCGGCAAAACCAGAAAAACCCCGUACCAUGAGAGGAUGGAUCGGAUGGGGUGUGAAUAUCUUCCUUAUCGGAGUUGGAUUGUUAUUCCUUGGUCCUGGAACUUAUGCGUCUGUUGAUAGUGUUAUACUCAACUACCAAAGUGGAAAGUCAAGGCUGGUUGUUCGCGGAGCCAAGAAUUAUGGGGUAUUUGGCAUAUUGUUUCUCUUUGUGAAAUCAUAUAAAUGGAGGAUCUCUGCUUUCAAUAAAGGGUAA